CGUAGUACAUGUAGACAUCUGAGUGUCAAAAGCUUAGAUUGCACUGCUAGCGUAGUGUUGGCGGAGCGUUAGAAACGAUCGCUCGUGGAGACUGUGUGAAGUAUCAGUUGUUAAAGAUUAAGUUUGACAAAAACAGAGAUGUCCUCGUCGCUAAAGAGUGCAUCUAGCAAUAAAAAUGAUGAGAUCGCUUCGUCAAGUUCGUUGCUCUCUAUGUCUGAGCCAGGAGCCCAACCCGAGAGUAAAGUACUCGUGUUGUACACCGGUGGGACUAUUGGAAUGAUGAGAGAUCCGAAAUUAGAAAGCGCCAGCCCCAGCUCACAGGUGCUGGUGCCCAUCCCGAACGAGUUUGGGCGCAUGCUGCUGAGGAACCCCGUGCUCCACGACGCCAGCUACUGCCAGCAGCGCUUCGGCGCCUCGCCGCCGCCCGACACCUUCGUCCUGCCGGACGUGCGCCAAAAAAGCCGCGUGGUCUACACGGUAGUGGAAUACGACCCACUGCUCGACUCGAGUAACAUGACUGUCGAUCACUGGAUCAAAAUUGCCAGGGACAUUCACAAUGAAUACUCAAAAUAUGAUGGAUUUGUUGUGCUGCAUGGAACUGACACCUUGGCAUACACUGCAUCAGCUCUGUCAUUCAUAUUUGAGCAUCUGGGGAAGACAGUUGUCAUUACUGGUUCACAGAUUCCAUUAUUUGAGACAAGAGGUGAUGGAAGAGAGAAUUUUCUGGGUGCGCUUAUCUUGGCAGGCAACUACAGCAUUCCAGAGGUAACUGUUUACUUUGGGCACAAGCUCUUCAGGGGAAACAGAACAACAAAAGUGAGCUCUGCGAGUUACAGUGCCUUUGAUUCUCUCAACUUCCCACCUCUGGCUACUGUUGGCAUUGAUAUUGAAGUGGAUUUCAGAUCUGUAUUUCGACCAACAUCCAUUGAACCAUUUGCUGUUCAUACAGCACUGAACCGGAAUGUUGGCCUUCUGCGGAUAUUUCCUAGUAUAACAACAGAAACUGUCACUGCCUUUUUUCAACCGCCAAUAGAAGGCAUUGUUUUGCAAACAUAUGGAGUAGGUAAUGUUCCAAGCAACAGGAAAGACCUUCUGGAAGCUAUAAAGGCUGCUGUUGACCGUGGGGUAAUAGUAGUCACUUGUACACAGUGCCACAAGGGAGGAGUGAGUGCACUUUAUGAAACUGGUAAGGUACUAGCUGACAUGGGAGUAAUUGCUGGUUAUGAUAUGACUCCAGAAGCUGCUCUUACUAAGCUGUCCUAUGUACUCUCAAAAAAGGAUUGGAGUGACAGUAUGAAACGAAAGGCAAUGCAAGACAAUCUCAGGGGAGAGUUAAGCAUAAUUGGAAAGUGGAAAGCUCUACAGGAAUGGGAUCUUGUCGACGCAGUUGCACGCUCACUUAAUGUCUACAGUCCUAAGGAACAACAGAAAAUUGGUUCAGUUUUGUAUCCAGCCAUGACAAUAGCUGCUGUAUCUGAAGGAAAUAUUGAAAAAUUGAAGCAGCUGAAAGAAUUUGGAGCAGAUUUUUCUUGUAGCAACAAAGACCAUCGGACAGCUCUCCAUAUAGCAUGCUGUGAAGGAAAUGCAGAAGUUGUGCAGUAUCUACUUAUGAAUGGUGCCAGUGUACAUAUGAAAGAUAGGUAUGACAGAACACCUCUGAUAGAUGCUGUAAACAACGAUCAGCAUGAAAUAAUAAAAUUACUGAGACAAGCUGGUGCUCAUUUACAUGGCAACCCAAGAACUAUUGGAGAACACCUCUGCAGUGCAGCAGCAAGAGGCAAUAUAAACCGGCUUAAGUCGUAUCAUUUAGCAGGAGCAGAUCUUGAACAGCCAGAUUUAAGUGACCGUACUGCCUUACAUUUGGCUGCACUUCAUGGUCAUGUUGAUUGUGUAUCCUUCUUGCUAGUAAAUAAUGUACAUAAGGAUGCAAAAGAUCUUCUUGGGCACACACCAACAGAUUUGGCUACAGCUAUGAAUCACACUGAUGUUCUCGAAUUGCUUCAUUUUACGGAACCUGAUGACAAUACAGAUGAAAAUGAAUUCAGCAAAUACCUUUGAAAGUGACUAAACAGGCAGGAGGGACUUAAUGAAAGCCACAGCUGCAUUAGGUGUGGUGGUUAUAGAAAGUGGAAAUGUGACUUUGCAACUUGGAAGUUAAAAACCAAUAUUAAUUUUGUAGUAACUAAUGCAGUUAUAUGAGGAAUUACUUAGUGCCUGAAGAUUAUUUGCCAUUUUUUUGUAUGAAGUAGAUAUGAAGUAGAAUGAGUUGCAGUAAUGAUUGUUUUAUAACUGCAAGAAUUUUUGGCAGAAAGGAGGUGACUUGCAGACCAGAGCAAUGCAACUGCCAACUUUCCUUUCUUUGUAUACGGUUGCUGAACAUGCAAGCACCUUCUCAAAUGUUUUGAAAUUAAGAUCCUUGUUACUACUUUAUAUUUUCUAGUUUGCAAUUAAUCUGUGCAAUUGUACAGUUCAUAGUAAUGCAUUGAGAGCUGAUAUUAAUUAAUGUCCUUGUGAUGUCUUUUAAGUUAUCUCAUUUGUAUGAAUGAACUCGUGUAUUAAAUUACUGAACAGAAAGUGCCGUAAAACACUAGUUCUAGACUCAUUAAAAUGAAACUGAACAGAUGAUUCAUUGCUUGCAUCUGCUUUUAUAACAAGAAAGACAAGCCAACAUACUGGUAUAUAGUCUCAGCAUAAUUUUUUAGUUGUUGCUGUGGCUAUUUUCCAUACAAACUUCAGAAAUUAUUUUGUACAUAUUUAUAUAUAAUAAGCAAACUACCUAUGUGAGAGG